AUGUCCUCCACAGAAGGCGCGCAAGUACUCUCGCAGGGCGUCGGCUAUGGCGUUGUGCUCGGGAUCGGCUUCGUCUUCGCCAUCCUCAUGAUGGGCCUGUCGACCCUCCAGAACAGGUACACGACGUUCAAGACCGGCACGUCCGAGGAGUUCAACACCGCAUCGCGCUCGGUCAAGCCCGGGCUCAUCGCGUCGGGCAUCGUCUCUGCGUGGACCUGGGCCGCCACGCUACUGCAGAGCUCGACGGUAACGUAUGAGUACGGGCUGUGCGGGGGCUACUACUACGCCGCGGGCGCGACGCUGCAGAUAUUUCUCAUGGCGGUCCUCGCCGUCCGCGUCAAGAUGAUCGCGCCGUACUGCCACACCUACCUCGAGAUCGUGCAGGCCCGCUACGGCAACACCCCGCAUUUCAUCUUUGUCACGUAUGGCCUCGUGACGAACCUCAUCGUGUCGAGCAUGCUGCUACUCGGAGGGAGCGCCGUUGUGAACGCGUUCACCGGCAUGAACAUCUACGCCGCGAACUUCCUCAUCCCGAUCGGUGUCAUGGUCUAUGUCAUCCUCGGUGGACUUCGCGCGACAUUCCUCUGUGACUACAGCCACACCUUAAUCCUUAUGAUUAUCAUAUUGUACUUCUAUUUCUAUACCUACACCGAGGCCGAGUUGAUCGGCGGCUUCGAAGGCAUGUAUCAGAAGUUACAGCAAGCUGCCAUCGAGAGGCCAGUUUCUGGUAACGCAGGGGGAUCUUACAUGACCUUGAAAUCGAACUACGGGCUCGUGUUCAUGAUUAUUCAAAUAUUCGGCGGUCUUGGUACGGUCAUGUUAGACCAAGGCUAUUGGCAGCGCGCAAUCGCGUCCAAAGCCAAGACAGCUGUUCGCGCUUACCUGCUGGGUGGCGUGGCAUGGUUCGCCGUGCCUCUGACAUUCUCUUCGGUUAUGGGUCUCGCAGCAGUCGCGCUGGCCAACAAUCCGGCCUUCCCGUACCAUGGAGGCCUAUCCUCUGGAGAGAUUGAUGCUGGACUCGCAGCACCAGCUGGCGUGGUCGCAUUGCUAGGGAAAGGUGGCGCGGUCGCAAUGUUGAUCCUACUAUUUAUGGCUGUGACGUCGGCGGCGUCGUCUGAAAUGAUUGCGACGUCUUCUAUCCUGACCUUCGAUCUGUACCAGAUCCAUUUCAAGCCAGACGCAUCCCCCGAGGCCCUCAUCCGUGUCUCACAUAUCAUGGUCGGCGUAUGGGCUAUCGUGAUGUCCUGCGUUGCUUGUCUCUGGAACGGCAUCGGCGUCUCGCUGAACUGGCUCUUCCUAUUUUCCGGAACACUUUAUACGUCCGCCGUCGGGCCCAUCGUCAUGAGCGUGCUCUGGCGCAAGCAGACGCGCUUGGCUGUAAUAUGCGGUGCACUGGGGGGCACGUGUAUCGGAGUGAUUUGCUGGCUGGUUGUAGCAAAGGUGUACUAUGGUGCGCUAACGGUAGAGACAACCGGAAACAUGUACCCUAACCUCGCUGGCAACAUGGGCUCGUGCUGCUCUGGCGCGCUCAUCUCCAUCAUCGUCACGCUCAUCAAGCCUGACAAUGACUUUGACUGGUCGGAGACGAAGAAGAUCAACCCGCGUGGCCGUGCAAUCGACGAGCAGCUCAAGCAAGGACUGAACCCGACUAAAGACGGCCUGUCGAAGGACAAUGCCAACAGCGACACUGCCACCGCAGCUGGUUCAGAGAAGGGAGAGAAGUCGGAUGCGAUGAUCAGAACCAACUCGGUAGACGAUGACAACGAGGACCAGAGCCUCACUGUCCCCGAAGAGAGACGCCCGGAAGACUACGAGACACUCAAGAAGUCUUUGCGAGCUGCGACUUGGGCGUCGAUCAUAAUGAGCUUCAUUAUCGUCUUCCUUAUCCCUAUUCCGAUGUUCCUCUCGCACUACGUGUUCUCUGUCGCAUUCUUCAAGGCGUGGGUGAUCAUUUGCGUCAUCUGGCUAUUUGUCGCCGCGUUCAUUACCUCUGUCCUGCCUCUUUAUGAGAGUAGACAGGCAAUGAUGGACAUCUCGCGCGGUGUCGUGCGGGACGCGUUCGGCGGUGGGCUGAGGAAGAAGGAGGUUGUGACAGACUCGAGUGCGUGA